CGCGGAGCGCCGCCUCCAGGCUGUAAACAUCCAGGGUGUCUCACAACAAAAAGGCCGACUUACUGCACACUUGUCUCGGACUUUGCUCCACUGUUUCCCCGGUCGGACCGCAGACAUGAACGGCCUCUUUCUCCUUUGACGGCCCGUUUAACGGCAGUGUUGGCCCUGUGAUGUUCGGAGGAUCGGGCGCCGUGUGAAGCGGACUGUGGGGAGGUCUGUUGUGGGUCUUCCAACAUGGCGGCAGCGUCCUACGACCAGCUGCUGAGACAGGUCGAAGUGUUAAAGAUGGAAAACUCCAACCUGCGUCAGGAGCUGCAGGACAACUCCAACCACCUGACCAAGCUGGAGACAGAGGCCUCCAACAUGAAGGAAGUGCUGAAGCAGCUGCAGGGCACCAUAGAAGAAGAGUCUGGAGAUGCGUCUGGCUCGCAGCUGGAACUUAUCGAGAGACUGAAGGAGAUGAGCCUGGACUCUGCAGGUUUUAAGUCCAGGUCGAGGCCUCCUGUGCCCCCCUCAUCCUCCUCUAGCUCUGCCUCUUCUGGCUCUGGAACUCCUGGAGGAGCAGCUGGAAGCUCUGGAGCUGCAGGCCCCCCGACAACUGCUGCCUUCCCCAGGAGAGGGCUGCCCUCUGCGGGCAGAGACAGCCAUGACCGCUGCCUGGAGGAGCUGGAGAAAGAAAGGUCUCUCCUGUUGGCUGAGCUAGAGAAAGAAGAGAAGGAGAAGGACUGGUAUUACGCUCAGCUGCAGAAUCUCACCAAGAGGAUCGAUAGUCUGCCACUCACUGAAAAUUUCACUCUACAGACGGACAUGAGUCGUCGUCAGCUGGAGUUCGAGGCUCGUCAGAUCAGGUCAGCGAUGGAAGAACAGCUGGGCUCCUGUCAGGAGAUGGAGAGGAGAGCUCAGGCUCGUGUGUCUCGUAUUCAGCAGAUAGAGAAGGACAUCCUGAGACUGGGAGCUCGCCUGCAGGUAGAGGAAGCUCAGGGGACAAGUGACAGCAGUGGAUUGGCUGGAGCUCAGAGCUCCAGCAGCCGUUUGGACCACGAGCCGGCCAAUGAUGCAAGCUACUCUGUGCCUCGACGAAUCACCAGCCACCUGGGAACCAAGGUGGAGAUGGUGUACAGUCUCCUGUCCAUGUUGGGGACUCAUGAUAAAGAUGACAUGUCACGGACGCUGCUCGCCAUGUCGAGCUCGCAGGACUCGUGCAUUGCCAUGCGUCAGUCUGGCUGUCUGCCACUGCUCAUCCAGCUGCUGCAUGGCAACGACAAGGACUCCCUGUUGCUAGGUAACUCUCGUGGCAGUAAAGAGGCUCGAGCUAGGGCAUCUGCAGCACUGCACAACAUUGUUCACAGUCAGCCGGACGACAAGAGAGGCAGGCGUGAGAUUAGAGUGCUCCACCUGUUGGAGCAGGUGCGUCAUUACUGCGAGGCAUGCUGGAGCUGGCAGGAGAACCACGAGAGGGGAGUUGACCAGGAGGACAACCCCAUGCCGUCUCCAGUGGAGCAUCAGAUCUGUCCUGCCGUCUGCGUCCUCAUGAAACUUUCCUUUGAUGAAGAACAUCGACAUGCCAUGAACGAACUCGGUGGUCUGCAGGCAGUGGCGGAGCUGCUGCAGGUGGACUGUGAGAUGUUCGGUCUGAGCAGCGAUCAUUACAGCGUCACGCUGAGGCGUUAUGCCGGCAUGGCGCUCACUAACCUCACCUUCGGAGACGUGGCUAAUAAGGCCACGCUGUGCUCCAUGAAGGGCUGUAUGAGAGCGAUGGUAGCCCAACUGAAGUCUGACAGUGAAGACCUGCAGCAGGUGAUAGCAAGUGUGUUGAGGAACUUGUCGUGGCGUGCUGAUGUCAACAGUAAGAAGACGCUGCGUGAGGUCGGCAGCGUGCGAGCACUGAUGGGCUGCGCUCUCGAGGUCCAGAAGGAGUCAACUCUGAAGUCUGUACUGAGCGCACUCUGGAACCUGUCUGCUCACUGUACGGAGAACAAGGCAGAUAUCUGCGCUGUGGACGGCGCUCUGGCAUUUCUGGUAGGAACGCUGACGCACCGGAGCCACACCAACACGCUCGCCAUCAUCGAGAGCGGCGGUGGCAUCCUGCGCAACGUCUCCAGCCUCAUCGCUACCAACGAGGCACACAGGCAGAUCCUGCGUGAGCACGGCUGCCUGCCAACUCUGCUGCAGCACCUGAAGUCUCACAGUCUGACCAUCGUGUCCAAUGCCUGCGGCACACUCUGGAAUCUGUCAGCCAGAGACGCCAAAGACCAGGAAGCAUUAUGGGAGCUGGGCGCUGUGGGCAUGCUGCGCAACCUCAUCCACUCCCGACACAAGAUGAUCGCCAUGGGGAGUGCCGCUGCUCUGCGCAACCUGAUGGCCAACCGGCCAGCGCGCUACAAGGACGCCAGCGUGGUGUCGCCAGGUGCCGGUGCACCAUCACUGCACGCCCGCAAACAGAAGGCGUUAUUUGAGGAGCUGGAUGCCCAACAGCUAUCAGAAACUUUUGACAACAUCGACAACCUGAGCCCCAAGGCAGCACACAGGAAGGGGCGGGGCUGUAACAGCGCCGGAGGAGGUGGGAACACAACACGCUCAUACGCCAAUACGCCGGUGCUUUCGAGCCCAAAGAAUGGAGAUGGAUCAAAGAGGACGAGUGAGGAAGUGGCGUAUGCUCGGCCGGUGUUCCCGCCAAGUGUCAGAGCGUCCAGCGAUAGCCUCAACAGUGUGACGAGUGCUGACGGCUACGGCAACCGCGGCAAGACCAAACCGUCAUCAGAACCAUUCUACUCGUCAGACGAGAGCGGAGCCAACAAGUGCUGUGUGUACAGGAAGUACCCGGCCGACUUGGCACACAAGAUCCGCAGCGCCAACCACAUGGCGGACGAUGACGGGGCUGAGCUGGACACACCCAUUAACUACAGCCUGAAGUACUCCGACGAACAGUUGAAUUCUGGGAGACAGAGUCCAAGUCACCGUGGUGGCAUCGAGAGUGACGAGGACGAUGAACAGGACGCCAGGCUAAGGAGGCGGAAUGACGGCGACUCAGCAACAACCAGCAGCCGCAUAGCAUCUGUCCCGCCGCCACGCUAUGCCACAGCAGCAUCAAACUACGGCGGUGACUCAACAGCUGAGCAGCCAAUAGACUACAGCCUGAAGUAUGGCACUGACACCGCCCGCAAACCGCUGUUCAAGCCAGAAGAGACCGCUGCCCCUUCAGUCCCCCCUCCGCAGUCAUCCUCAGGCAACAAGCUCCGCCCCCCUCCGCCCCCAGCCAAUCGGGCAGGGCCAAAAGGCAACCAGGAGUCGACGCAGACAUACUGCGUGGAGGACACGCCCAUUUGCUUCUCCAGAGGCAGCUCGCUCUCCUCACUAUCAUCAGAGGAGGAGGAGGAGGAGGAGGAGGAGGACAGUGAUGUCAUUGGGAGGAGGAGAGGCGGGAGCGUUGUCUGCGGCGGCGGGAGUAACGACUACCCGACACUUCCUGUCAGCGAGAAAGAUGCGCAUGAGCAGCAGCAGAGGCAGCAGAAGGAGGCAGAGAGCCAGACUGCUGCCGCUGCCGCAGCCGCCGCCGCCGCCGCCUCUGCUCCCUCCACACGGGGAAGACGAGGCCACCACCAUCAUCACGGUCACGCCCAUCACCACCAUCACCACCACCACGUGACGUCGUCUUCGGGCGCCAGGACUCCAAAGAGUCCUCCGGAGCAGCCUUAUGCUCAGGAGACGCCGCUGAUGUUCAGCCGUUGCACGUCGGUCAGUUCACUCGACAGUUUCUCCACCUCGUCCAUCGCCAGCUCUGUGCGCUCCAGUGAGCCUUGCAGCGGCGUGCCCAGUGGUGUGGUCAGCCCCAGUGACCUGCCCGACAGCCCCGGACAGACCAUGCCGCCAAGCCGCGCCAAGACGCCGCCACCAACUCAAAACACAAAGGAGCAGGAAAAGGCCAAGAAGAAAGACGAGGAGGAGAGCAGUGCAGACGUCCUGCUGCACUUCGCUACAGAGAGCACGCCACACGGCUUCUCCCGAGCCUCGAGUCUGAGCGCGCUCAGUCUGGAUGAGCCAUACAUCGCAGCUGAGAUGACGAAGAAGAAAGAGGAGGAGGACAGGGGAAACAAGGAGAGGGAGGAGGAGGUGGCAAAACCAAUCCUUGAUGAAUCAGACGAUGAUGAUGACAUUGAGAUCCUGGAGGCCUGCAUCAACAUGGCCAUGCCCAAGUCGUCACGGAAACCAAAGAAACCGCAGCAAGCUGCGCCACGGAAACCCAGCCAGCUUCCGGUUUACAAGCUCCUCCCAACUCAAAGCCGUGCACAGUCCCAGCCGAGGAAAGAUGUACCUCUGCCACCAUCGGAAGAGGUACCGAGAGUUUACUGUGUUGAGGGGACGCCGCUCAACUUCUCCACCACCACCUCGCUCAGUGACCUCACCAUCGACUCCCCACCCAAUGAGGAGGCAGCAGCAGCCGUCAUACCUGUAGCCCCUCCCACCUCUGCUCAAAGGAGGGAGGCUGGACUUCCUGAGGGCGAGAAUGGCGAGGACAUCCUCGCUGAGUGUAUCAACGCCGCCAUGCCCAAAGCCAAACCCAGAAAACCAAUCAGAGCUGCAGCGAACAGUGAGCACCUCCAAGCUCCCCCCCUCCCCCCGCCUCUUCCUCCUCCAGCCCCGCCUCCUCUGGGCCCACAGCAGCAGCAGCAGAAGAAGAAGCCAACGUCGCCAGUGAAGCCGAUGCCCCAGCGGGCGGCGUACAGUGUCGCCACGGCAAUAGCUGCCAAAGCAAAACCAGGGUUUGCCUUUGACUCACCAUGCCACUACACGCCCAUCGAAGGUACGCCGUGCUGCUUCUCACGCAAUGACUCGCUGAGCUCACUCGACUUCGACGAAGACGAGGGUGGCGAGAAGGACGAAGAAGAGAAGAAAACAAAAGAAGAAGAAGGAAGGAAGAGGAAGCAGCAGACGGCAGCGGUUUUUCCUCGAACGAAACCUGCGACCAACCCGCCGGCAGCGGACGAGAAGCAGAAGUUCGCCAUUGAGGACACGCCCGUCUGCUUCUCCAGAAACUCGUCCCUGAGCUCUCUGAGUGACAUCGACCAGGAGAACAACAACAAGGAGUUCGCACCGCCGCCGCCACCGCCGGAGCAGCAAGAUGGAAUCAAAGCAGGAAAAAAGUCACCUCCUCCUCCACAGUUGGAGUCAAAGCCCCGCCCACCUGCGGCCAGUGGCUACGCCCCCAAAGCGUUCCACGUGGAGGACACGCCCGUCUGCUUCUCCAGGAACUCGUCGCUCAGCUCACUGAGCAUCGACUCGGAGGACGACCUGCUGCAGGAGUGCAUCAGCUCUGCCAUGCCCAAGAAGAAGAAGAAAGCCACCACUGUCACUGUCCCUGCUGCUGUUGCAACGCCACUUCCACUUCCCAAAACCAACAACGGCAUUCUGGCUGAGGAGGAGCCUUCAGAGGCACCAAGAAGCCCUGCCUCCCCUGACUCUGAAUCCUUCGAUUGGAAGGCAAUCCAGGAAGGUGCAAACUCCAUCGUCAGCAGUCUGAAUGCCGCCGCCGCCGCCGCCACCUCACUGUCCCGCCAGCCAUCAUCAGACUCUGACUCAGUCUUGUCCCUGAAGUCUGUGGGCUCGCCAUUCCGCCUGGCAGCAGCUAAUAACAACGCAGAAGAAGAGGCGGAGGAAAAGAAGGAAGCAGCGGCGAAGCGAGGGGCAAGGAUCCUCAAGGGUGGAGAGCGCACCACGCUGGAUGCCAAGAAGAAGAAGGAGCAGGAAGAAGAAGAGGAGGAGGCAGCAAAGGCGUUGAGAGGUGGGAAGAAGGUGUAUAGGAGUCUGAUUACAGGUAAACCGAGGGCGGAGCCCGCAGCCAGGGGGCGGAGCAAACCCAGAGCAGCAGCUGUGGCCAAAGCUCCAGGAAGUAGCGAUAGUGCUGACAGAGGAGGCGGGUCCUCUCGGGACUCCACGCCAUCUCGCUCGUCCUCUGCAACCAAUCAGAAAGGAGGGAAGCUGUCGCAGCUGCCGCGCACAGCAUCUCCAGGAAGUGCAUCAUCAUCAUCAUCAUCGGCCUCCAGACCGGUCAAACAGAGCACAGCGGCGAGGAGCAGCGGUGGCAUCCCAAGGAGCGAGUCAGCAUCGAGGGUCAGCAGCUCCAUGGCGGCCAAGAAGCAGAGGGCGGAGCCAGAGAAGCCGACACUCGUCCGUCAGUCGACCUUCAUUAAAGAUGCUCCCAGCCCGACACUGAAGAGGAAGCUGGAGGAGUCUGCGGCGGCGGCAGCAGCAUUAGAGUCUCCGACUAGCCCUGACACACAACUACCAUCAACAACUAGGCGACAUGAUGUCAAUCGCUCCCACUCUGAGAGCCCGUCACGCCCACAGGAAGUUACAUCUUCGCGGUUUAGCCGCACCGGCACCUGGAAGCGGGAAAACAGCGGCGGGGGAGGAGGGAACGGUGGUAAACACUCAACAUCGUUACCACGUGUUGGGACAUGGAAGAGGACAGGAAGCUCGUCAUCGGUUCUGUCGGCAUCAUCGGAGUCUAGCGAGAAGGGGCGGAGCGAGGAGGAGAGCGCCAUGAGGUCCAAGGGAACAUGGAGGAAGGCAAAGAGCGGCGGUGACUCAUCUGCCGGGCGGAGCUUCACCGACAAAUCAGAAGACGUGUGGGUUCGUCUGGAGGACUGUCCUGUCAACAACCCACGCUCGUCCUCUUCCUGUUCAGCCCGCUCUCCCACCGCUGCCAACGCCCCGCCCGUCAUCGACAGCCCCGCCCUCUCAAAGAUCCCCUCAUCCUCCUCAUCCUCCUCCUCCAACCUCAACCUGCGCCGGAGCUGCGAGAGCCUGGAUGACAAGCCGCCGCCGCCACCAUCUGAACGCCAGCAGCAGCAGCAACAGCGCAGUCAGCAGCGCAGUGGCGCCGUGGCGGCUCGAGUCAGCCCCUUCAACUACACCCCGAGUCCAAGAAAGAGCAACACUGAUGUCACCACCACCGCCACACCAACCACCACCACAUCAUCAUCUACAACCCCCACACGACCUUCACUCAUCCCCACCCCCGUCACCAAGAAACGGGAGCCGAAGGGCGGAGAAGGUGGUGGCGGCGGCGGCGGUGGCGGCGGUGGUGGUGGCGGCGGCAGUGGCGGCGAACGUGGCUCCUACAUUGUGACGUCAGUGUGAAAAAAAUCUGGAAAUGGUUGGACACAAAAUGGCCGCCACUGUUGGGACAGUUAACAGGAAGCAGGAAGUGUAAAUAUGGAAAGUGUUUGUGAACUGUACAGGAAGUGAGUUCGUAUUUAAGUGCUAGCCCCGCCCCUUCACCUCUUUCCUCCCUCCUCAUUGGCUCCCCUCAGCUGUCAGUCAAGCUCCUUUAUUGGACAAGAGAAAACUUUAAAAAUGAACUUUUUAUGUUUUUAUACCACUAAAAUUAUGUGUAGCGCUUAGCUCCGCCCCUUCUGCCUAUCCCCCUGCAUGUCCCGCCCCCUACCUUAACAAUGACAAUUACCAUGGUGACAUAACGAUGAUGAUGAUGAUAUUUGUAGCGUCUGAGCUGAUUCUGCUCUUUUGGAAGUUUUCAUGUUAUUUUGAGUUUGGUUCUGAAACAUUUUCAGUCGACAUAAUAAAUGUAUUUUCUCCUUUUAGAGUCUGAAACAAUGAAAAUAUAAAAUUUUAGCAAUUAUAAUCAAUUUUUUUCCCCCAAUUAUGAGGAUUUUCUCACAAGAGUCCAAAUAAUCCAAACGUGUGUUUAUUUGUUGAAUUCAUCGUUUUCAUCUGGAACAUUUAUUUUUAGAUUUUUCCAGUUUGGGACUUUUUUGAUCACAGACUUUCAAAUUAAGAGCUGGAUGUUUCAGAACCUCUCUCACAAUCUGCAUUUACUCCAGAGAGGGAAGUUUGCUGCCAACUGUUUCAUUUGAGUCCGUUCUUGAAUUCCUGGUGAACUCUGAGGGUUUUAGUUGGCUGAAAACUUCCCGCUCUGUCGCCUUGGAAACAAAUAACACUGUAAAACGUAAGUUAUUGCUGUAAAACCUUAAAACCUUUUAACUUUAAGCACAUAAUUUAAAACAAAACUGAUUUUUGCCAAAAAUGUUUCCACAGUGUUGAUUAAUGGCUGUAAGUUGAUUUUCACUGUUUUUAUGUUGAAGCUGGAGGAAAACGACGGAAAGGUAAAAGUUUUGGUGAAAUAUUAAACAGAUGAUAAACAAUAAAAUUCAACAUUUUAGGUGCAAA